AUGUCCACCAUUGUGCUGAUUACCGGGGCCAAUCGGGGCCUCGGCAAGGGCAUGCUUGAGCGCUACCUCAAGCUGCCGAACCACACCCUCAUUGCCGCCAACCGCAACCCAGACCACCCUUCGUCCAAGGAGCUUUCCAAGCUGCCGACGGCCGAGGGCACCAAGCUGAUCGUAAUCAAGAUCGACGCCAAGGUCUGGCAAGACCCCUUCGAUGCCGUCAAGACACUCGAGGCUCAGGGCAUUGACCACGUCGACGUCGUCAUCGCCAACGCCGGCGUCAGCUACACUUGGCCCAAGGUCGCCGAGGUCAAGUUGGAGGACAUCGAGGCUCACAUGUGGCCCAACGCCUACGGCGGUGUGGCGCUGUACCAGGCUUUCCGACCGCUACUGAAGAAGUCCAAGAAGGAGCCUGUCUUGACCAAUAUGGGCAGCACAGCUGGCAGCUUAAACUCUCCGCUCCCGUUCCCCAACGCCGCCUACGGCCCCUCCAAGAGUGUCUCGGCAUGGUUUACCAUCAAGAUCCACAUGGAGGACGACUGGCUCAACUCGUUCUCUCUGGGCCCCGGCUGGGUGCACACCGACUUGGGCGAUGCGGGCGCUAUCGGCCUCGGCGCCGACGAGGACACGCAGGCCAAGUUCAUGAUCAGCUGCGACGACUCGUGCGACGGCAUGUUCAAGGUCGUGACCGAGACUAGUCGCGAGAAGCACGGCGGCAAGCUUGUGCUCUUCAACGGCGACGUGACACCUUGGUAA